GGUACGCAACGUCUACCUUUUCUCGCAGUCGUUAUUCAUUUCUCUCUGAAAGAAAAAGAAAAAAACCAGUAAAACACUAAGAAUCUUUGAGAAUUGAAGCUGACACAGAGACAGACGAACUUGAUCGAGCUAGACAGACAAACGGAGUCGUUUCAUAGUUGAUAGUCGUGAAUUUGGUUUCGUGACCAGGGGGAAUGGAAGGGAACACGAUAAAAAGCGACGCGAGCAGCAGCAGCGGUAAUAAUAAUCAAGGAGAACCCGUCGUUUCUGAUGAUGACAGCCUUAAAAGUCCCUGUUGUUAUUGCAAAUCCACUGGUCGCACUAGCAUCUUUCACGGCUUGCGGGCAGACAGCAUAACAGUUGAUGACUACCAAGACCUUCUUGAAAGAGGAUGCAGAAGAUCUGGUUCUUCACUUUACAAACCUGAGAUGGAAAAGACCUGUUGCCCAUCUUAUACUAUCCGUCUGAGGGCAAGUGAUUUUGUUCCGUCAAAAGAGCAACAACGAGUGUCUAGAAGAAUGCAGAGGUUUGUAGAUGGUGCAUUGGAUGUGAAAAAAGCAGUGGAAGCUAUAGAGGAUCCCAGUAUUUGUGCCAGUGCCUUUAAUGAAGUUUCAAGCUUAGGAACAAAGGAAACCUCAUCUGUUACAAAAAAGGAGAAAAAUAUGGGAGACCACAUUACUGAUUCUUUGUCAGAACAAGUGGACAACGUGAUUUGGACAUGCAGAGAAAGUGGGCAAUUUCCUUGCAGUGUUCAAUUACCAAAAGCUUCUGUUAAAAAGGUUUCACAAGCCAAAAGAAAACUGCUAGUGGAAGGAGCAGAAAAUCUCAUGUAUUCUAGCAACAUUGCAUUUCAAAUAGCAGCAACAAUAAGGCAGGCGCAAUCGAUUGUCAAGGAUGCAAGUCAGAGUGCAGAAGAUAACCCUCUGCCUCCAAAAAUUAUUGCAGAAAAAUUAGCUGCUUCUUUAGAUCAAUUGGCGAAAACCAACGGCCUGUCAAUCAGAGCUUGCAAUGGGCAUAUUAAUUAUUAUACUGCAGCAACUCAAGCUUCUUCCAACAAAGAUAGCCAUAUUGCUACGAGCUCCCAAGAAUCUGCAACCGGGAGAGAAGGCUGCUCUUUGAGGAAUAGCUCCAUGCAUCCUAAGAGAAAAAGGCGGAGGCUUGAGAUUCGUUUGAAAAGGUCCAGUUUUGAUCCAGAAGAGUUUGCAUUGUAUAAAAGAUAUCAGAUAAAUGUGCAUAACGAGACUCCUGGUGAUGUUUCUGAAAGCUUAUAUAGAAACUUUCUGGUUGAUACUCCUUUAGUACCUGUUCAACCAUCUGGUGAUGAUAGAGUUCCCCCUUGUGGCUUUGGCUCCUUUCAUCAGCAAUAUGUAAUUGAUGGCCACCUAGUUGCUGUUGGUGUAAUCGAUAUCCUUCCUAAAUGUUUGUCGAGUAAUUAUUUGUUUUGGGAUCCAGAUUAUGCCUUUCUAUCACCAGGCAAGUAUUCAGCCUUGCAAGAAAUAGGAUGGGUGAAAGAGAAUGAAGUCUAUUGUCCCAGUCUUCAGUAUUAUUAUCUUGGCUAUUAUAUUCAUUCCUGCAGUAAGAUGAGAUAUAAAGCAGCAUAUCGCCCAUCUGAGCUUCUUUGUCCCCUUCGUUACAAGUGGGUUCCAUUUGAAAUAGCACAACCUUUGCUUGACAAGAAGUCAUAUGUUGUCUUGUCAGAUUCUGUGCUUUCACAAAAUGGAGAGUCGUCACAACCUCUUGUCUCCGGAAAUGUCACGGAAGAACAGGAUGAUGACAACUCUAACAAUGUUCUGAUAGAUGAUGAAUGAUAAAAUGACUGAACCUGAAUUUGAAAGUUCUGAUGAUGAUUCAGUCCGGAAGCCUUUGGUCAGGCAUCAGCUGAAGAAGACGUAAUUUUUAUGUGUUUGGUUGACUUGUUUUUGUAAGUGUUUUCAUUAAUAAAAUUACCAAAAAGACAUGUUAAAUUUGAAGAA